AUGAAGUUUCCUUACUGUCAUGCAAAGAACACAUUCAUCAUCUCCUUUGGAGGCUGCAUUGUUCAGAUCUUCUUCAUUCACGUCAUCGGUGGUAUGGAGAUGGUGUUGCUCAUAGCCAUGGCCUUUGACAGAUACGUAGCCAUCUGUAAGCCUCUCCACUAUUUUACUAUUAUGAACCAAAAAAUGUGUAUUUUACUCUUGUCUGCUUUAUGGUUAAUUGGCUUGAUCCACUCCGUGGUUCAAUUAGUUUUUGUUAUAAAAUUGCCAUUUUGUGGUCCUAAUGUGCUGGACACAUUUUACUGUGAUCUUCCUCCAUUAAUCAAACUUGCCUGCACUGACACCUACAGACUAGAGUUCAUGGUCACAGCCAACAGUGGGUUUAUAUCUCUGGGAUCAUUCUUCAUAUUGAUCAUCUCCUACAUUUUCAUCCUGAUCACUGUUCGGAAACACUCCUCAAGUGGCUCAUCCAAGGCUCUCUCCACUUUAUCAACUCAUAUCAUGGUGGUGAUUUUGUUCUUUGGUCCUUGCAUCUUUGUUUCUACCUGGCCUCACCCCACAUCACACCUAGACAAAUUCCUUGCUAUUUUUGAUGCAGUUCUCACUCCCUUUCUGAAUCCAGUCAUCUACACUUUCAGGAACAAAGAGAUGAAAAUGGCAAUGAGGAGAGUGUGCAGUCAACUUCUUGUUUAUAGAAGAAUUUCUUAA